AUGACUCUCAGCAACCCUCCAGGGAACCAUAGCAACAGCCCACUGAGCGUCCUAGAUGGAAGCGACCCGCUCUUUCAAAUCUGCUGGCGCCGACAGACGUGCUCAUCCUGUCUGACGGGUGACGUUCCCUGCAGUUGGUGCGCGAUUUCUUCCACCUGUGUUCCAAAUACAUCUCAUCUCCCCAUCUUGGCCCCACUCCGCUCAUCCCAGAUUUGCCCACUCGGUGCUCAGGAACGAUGGGAGAUGAGGGCGCUGCCUUUUGGGUGCAACGUUAGUAUUACGACCUUCUUGAGUAUUCUAAUUGCCGUAUUGAGUACGUUCGCUUUGGUUGGGGUUGUGUAUGUGGUUGUCGGGGUUGUCAAACGGGUGCGCGGCAGGUGGAAGGAGGGGCACUACGAGCGUUUAGAGGAUCAGGAACGACAGUCCUCGUGGCGUGGAUGCUUGGGGCUUGGGACAGUGGUGUCUUUAUUGGCUAGUUUCUUCGGACAGAGUCGAGGGCCGACCCAGGGACAGAGUCAAGAUUCUGUGGAAGAUGGCCAUGACGAUACAGAAUCCAGACCUUUGCUA